AUGGAGGCCGAGGACGGGCAGGAGCUGCGGGUCGGCUCGCUGGUGCCGGUCCUGGUGGAGCAGAUGGUGAAUGACACUCUGGUGGUGACCCUGAGCUGCGGGGAGAAGUCCUACAGCGGGAUCCUCCUGGACUGCCGGAAGAAGUCUGGGUUGUUCGGCAUGCCACCACCUUCUGUUCCGAAAAAUGAAGAUUCACCCAACGGUUCCUGUAACAGUAUUCCAACAGAUGCCAACUUCUCCCAUCCAUUGUCAGAAACCCCUGUUCAAGACACUGGACUCCCUGUAAAAAGUAACACAGAUCAAGUUCCUCCACUCCUUCCACCCCCAGGUACUGCUCCUUCUUAUCCUCCAUAUUUCGAAGGUGCCCCUUUCCCCCCUCCUUUGUGGAUAAGGCACUCAUACAAUCAGUGGGUGCCUCAACCGCCCCCACGCAGUAUUAAAAGGACAAAGAGGCGAAUGUCAAGGAACAGAGAUCCUGGGAGGCUAAUAAUGAGCACAAUAAGGCUACGGCCUAGACAAGUCCUUUGUGAGAAAUGUAAAAACACAUUAAAUACAGAGGAAUCUCCCAAGGAUAAACAUAACACUAGAGGUGGCAAAAGAUUACAAAGUGAGGAUAAGGAAAGACACAAAGUGGAGUCUGAUCCCGAAGAGAGAAAAACAACAAAGGAGAGGCGAGAGGAGCAUAGUGCUUCUAGAGACUUGCUACACAGGAGUCCCUCCAAAGACUUGAUACAUAGGAGUCCUGUCAUAAAGAUCUCGUAUAGUACACCACAGGGCAAAGGGGAAGUGGUUAAGAUUCCAUCACGUGUACAUGGCUCUGUUGAGCCAUUUUGUCCAAAGAAAACCCAGGAAAAUGGAAGUAGGGACCAAGAGAUACUCCAGGACACUGAACAGUGUCAAGCUCCCAAACGUUUAGUGGACAGGUCAACAGACAGCCAGGUGGCUUCUAUUCCGAAGUUAAAAUUACCUAAGCCAGUGCAUUCCAAUGUAGAUAUUCCACCGCCCAAAAUCAGACUAAAGCCACAAAGGAUUAGUGAUGGACAAAGCGUUUCAGUCUAUAAAUCUGAGCUAAUUGAUGAGGUGAAUGUGCUGCAGAGCAGCCAAGAGUCUGAAACCGAUUCCUCUGCUUAUUACAUGGACAGUGCUGCAGAAAGAAGUUAUCAUGAUGUGUCUUUGGGAAGCUCUGGGGAAGAUGAUGACUUCAAAGGAUUUCCACACAGUAAAGAGGGGCAUAAUUUGAAUUUACUUGUGAAUUACCGGAAAAGGAAAGCCGAUUCAUCAAGUGCGUCAUUGUGCAGCAACGACAGUCUGGAUGAAACAAAGUCAACUUGUCUGGAAUUAAAUAGGAUGGAUUUUUGUGACCUUAUGCCUGGUGAUGAUGUUUCGGUCUCCUCUUCUAAAGAUGAACAGAAAACUGUCCCACCGCUUAUGGUGAGACUUCACUCUAAAAGUGUGUCAAACUGCAUCACUGUAGAUGGAAAGACUAUUUCAGUGGGAGACAUCGUAUGGGGGAAGGUCCAUGGCUUUCCUUGGUGGCCUGCCCGUAUACUGAGUAUUAAUGUUAAUCAGAAGGAAAACGGUGAUCCUUCAUGGCAUGAGGCAACGGUUUCAUGGUUUGGUUCUCCAACGACCUCCAGUUUAUCCAUUUCAAAACUUUCAUCCUUUUCAGAAUUUUUUAAACUUAGGUUCAAUAGGAAGAAAAAAGGAGUGUACCGUAAAGCUAUUGCUGAAGCUGCCAGGGCUACGAAUCAUCUGACUCCAGAAAUUAGGGAACUGUUAAUGCAAUGUGAAACGUAA